AUGAAGGAGGAAAUGAUUAGGAAGAGGGACCUUUCAGGCUAUGAUAAGCUAUGGUACACCCAGCCCCGACCUUCUUUGGCCUGUGCCCACUGCAAGCAGAAGUUCAAAGGAACGGAGAUUCGUCCCCACUUGAAGAAAGAGCACUCCAUUGAACAACCUGGUGACAACGAUGUGGUCGAAUACCUCUUCGGAGAUCGUUCCUUCAAUAGACCUUACCGUUUCAUCGACGUCAGUGGUGGGGCGUCGUUUUUCUGA